AUGCAGGCGAGCUGCGUCGCGAACGGGCUGUCGUACUGCGCGGCGGACGCGUACGCGUCCUCCCGCGGCGCGUUCCUCGCCGUCCUCGCGUCGAUGUGGCGCGCGCUGACGCAUCAGCUCCAAAACCAAUUCGUCUCGGGGUCGAUAUCGCUCGCGUGCGCGUCGACCGCGAUGAGCGUGAUGUGGCGCCUCGCGCAUCACCUCAGACGUCUCGCGGAGGACAAGAUAUUCUCCACGUACGACAUCCCGCACGGGACGCCGCAGUACUACGCCGCGCUGCGCUGGCUGCACGCGCGACCGGCGGUUCGGAGAGCGUCCAGGAGGCUCGUCGUGCCGUCCGACGCCGCGUGCGACGCCGCGGACGCGAACGCGUCGUCGUCGUCCUCCUCCUCCUCCUCCUCGCCGCACGACCCGGACGACCCGCUCGAGAGCGGGCUGCGGACCAUCCCGGUGCUGCUCCGCGCGCAGCAGAUCUGCGUCCGCGUCGGCGCCGCGCUCGUGUGGGUCGGACACGGCGGCGGCGGCGCAGGCGGCGGCGGCGGCGGCGGCGCGGGCGGCGCGGGCGGCGGCGGCGCGAGGCACUCGUGGUACGGCCAGUUCCUCCACGACUUCCGCGGCGGCGGCGGCGGCGGCGGCGGCGGCGGCGCGCUCGACCACUCGUCCGCCGCGUUCGGAUGGGACGCCGGGCCCGACGGCGGCGCGUCGUCGCCCGCCGGCGUCGGCGGCGGCGUUCGACUGCGCGUCCUCGGCGGCGGCGGCGGCGGCGGCGAACGCGCGCUCCGCGCUAUCCUCGCCGCCGGGCACGAGCUCGGCCGCGGGACCGCGCGACGAUACACGCAGGUGUACCUCCCGUCCACCGCGGUGUCCGCGCGCGGCGGCGGCGGCGCGAGCAGGGCGGAGUGGAUCGACGCAGGCCGCCGGCCGUCGCGGCCGAUUUCGAGCGUGAUUCUCAAGCGUUCAGACGCGACGGACGCGUUGCUCGAUGCGCGCGCGUUCCUUCGCCUGGAGCGGUGGUACGCCGAGCGCGGGAUCCCGUACCGUCGCGGGUACUUGCUCCACGGCCCUCCCGGGGGAGGGAAGACGAGCUUAGUGCGCGCGAUCGCCGGCGAGCUGCGUCUGCCGGUGUACCAGGCGUCGCUCGGCGGCCGCGGGCUGGACGACGAGGCGUUUCAUCGGUUGCUGCGAGCGUGCGCGCGACGCGCUGUCGUGCUCCUGGAGGACGUCGACGCCGCGUCCGGCGCGGCGGUGGGCGCGCGGAGCGGCGGCGGCGAGGAGGACGGCGGCGGCGGCGGUCUCACGUUGCCCGGGUUGCUCAGCGCUUUGGACGGCGUCGGCGCCGCGGACGGUCGGCUGCUCUUCAUGACCUGCCGCGACGCGAGCGCGCUGGAGCCCGCGCUCGUGCGGCCGGGGAGGAUCGACGUGAGGAUCGAGUUCGGGCCGCCGGAUCGCGCGCAGGCGGCGGCGUUGUUCCGGCACUUUUACGGCGCGUCCGACCGCGCCGCGGCGACGGCGGCGGCGGCGGCGGCGUCUUCGUCUUCGUGUUCGUCGGCGGAUCGCGGCGACCGCUCGGACGCGUCCGCCGCGGGCGGGACGGCUUCGAAACCGUCGCCGUCGCCGGUCGCGUUCGGCGGCGCGCCGCCUCUCUUCGACGCGCGCGUCGUCGACGCGCUCGCGGAGAAGUUCGGCGCCGCGGCGGUCGCGUCCGGGGAGACGAGAGGGCGGCGGCGGCGCGGCGGCGGCGGCGGCGACGAAAAGGCGGCGGCGCGCCCGCCGCCGUUAUCCAUGGCGGCGCUGCAGGGGCACCUCAUGAUGUACCGGGAGGAUCCCGAGGGGGCGGUGGACGCGAUCGGUGGGAUAGAGUGGGGGUGCGAUUGA